AUGUCUAACAUUACUGAAUUUGAAGUUAUUGAUAAUUCAAAUGAGUGGAUUGAUUGGAUUGAAGAAUCUAUUGCGAAAAAUCAAAUUAAAUAUUAUGAUUAUAAUCAUUUUAAUAGCAUUAAAGAGGUUGGCUUUGGAAGUUUUGGAAAAGUUUAUCGUGCAAAUUGGAAAAAAAAUCAAAGCAACAAUUCAAAGAAAUAUUUAUUAGUGAUGGAAUAUGCCAAUAAUGGUACCCUUCGAAGCUAUUUAAACAGAUGCUUUAAAGACCUUAACUGGAAUAACAAAUUAAAUCUAGCAUUUCAGUUAACUAAUGCUAUAUCAUUUUUACACGAUGAAGGGAUUGUGCAUCGUGAUUUGCACUCCAAUAACGUAUUAAUUCAUAAGGAUACCGUUAAAUUAGCUGAUUUUGGAUUAUCAAAAAGGAUUGAAGAAUCAUCUAAUAUUCAAUCAAAAUUAUUUGGAAUGGUUACUUAUGUUGAUCCACAAAUAUUUAAUAGAAAAAGAGAUAGCAACAAUCAAGUUCAAAUAUAUUCAUUAAAUAAAAAGAGUGAUGUUUACAGUAUUGGUGUACUCUUAUGGGAAAUAUCUAGUGGACUACCACCUUUUUGUAAUGAACCAUAUGAUCUUGGUUUGGCUAUGGAAAUAUUACAUGGUCUUAGAGAGAAACCCAUUCCCAAUACACCUGAUGAUUAUAUAAAAAUAUAUACUGUGGAAUAAUGAACCAGAUAAUCGUCCAACUAUCAACCAAGUUGUUGCAAAAUUAAAUGCAAUUAU